UUCAUUUCAUCUCAUCGGUGAACCAAAACUCACACUCUGAUUCCGUCAAUCAACAUCACCAGCAUCGUCUAUACAUCCAUCGUACGACAUGGCAGUGUCUCGACUAUCCUCGUAUUAUCCAUCUGCCGACAUGCCUCUCUCCCCAUCGUUCGCCCGUCACAUCACCUCUGGCGAUAUUACUCCACUUUUGACGAGUGAAUACGAGAGCCACAGCCGCCCAUCUGAGAAAACGCCCCCAAGCCAUGCAUCGCGUGGAUUGGCUCAUUCCUCGUCUUCGCUUCAUCCACCUGAAAGCAGAGCUCGUAAUCACACUAUGUUGCCUAUUCUGCUCUCUUUCUCCUUCUCUCUCACUUUCUAUUUCACUGGCCUCAGAACCUUCAUGUUGCCAUGUAACCAUAGCUGAGUCGAUGCAGCUUCAUACUGAUGCAAACACCCGGCACCACUGCUCUGGCGUACCGGCCCUUCUCUCGGCGCCAUGAAAUUCGAUCAGUGCGGCCAACGAUACAUGGCCAACACAACAGACGGCGCCGAACUGCGUGCGAAAUACGGCUGGCACGGUCCUGUAGUUGGCAUCAGACGCAACGAGACCAGUCAGAUCUCUCUUGAAGGAUGUCUUGCAGUCUGUGGCCAUGACUCCGAUCCUUAUAGCUGGGACAUCGCUUCGGCAACUAUUACAACAUGGAUCCUGCCUGUCAUAGGCACUCUGCUCCAGGCACCAUUCGAAAGCAACUCCUUCAAGCGGACAUGUCUUGCUAUCAACCGCUGGGUCGGAUCUCCCAUUGCCAGUCUGUCGUAUAUCCUGUGGAACAUCAAAGUCAACGCAAAAUGUGCCUUGAUCGCAGACAUGGCCGUCAAAUACGAUGACUACCCUGCACGGAAAACCGACUUUGGUAGCAUGCGCGACUCUCUUUAUCUCCUGGUGGUCAUGAACCAGUAUAGCAUGAAGCCGCAAGCCGCUUUGCAGAAAGAAGCUGAAGGUCUUUUGCGAAUCGCUCUGUUCAGCAAAGACCUCCGGCUUGUGAAUGAUCAUGAUACUCUUCGGACCAAACGCAGAAGACUAGCCCGUGAACUCCGCGAGAUGCGUAGAAGAGGCGUUGUACCAGUAUUCAUAUCUACCAUGUGGUUUGUGUUUGCAUUCGUACUCAGUAUACAGUCUGCCUUCAACGCCUUAGGCGAAAAUUCAACAGCCCAUGAUCUUGCCCUCGGUUGUCUCCUUGCAUGGUUUCCGACGCUCAUCCUUUGCACCAUCGCGGAUCGUAACCCAAUUGCGGCCGAGUCGAUCAGAAAGAAAUUGAAUGAGCUGAUUGAUCACGUUCGCAGCUCAAUUCAAGACGACCUCCAUCGUUCCUUGUUCAUCAGCUCGUUUCGAGACCAGCCGGAAUUUGACCAACUAAAGGAAUGGCUCGAUAAGAUCAAGGAUCAUUCAGACUUCAUGGGUAACUUCUUCACAGAGUUCGCUGGUCAGGCCCGCGUGCGUUGGCACUACGGAGCAGCACAUCCAAUCUUGUCUGACAUCGAGAACUGUUAUGUUGCCGAACGCGGCAGAGACUGGCUGGCCGAUGAGAAGAAAGCCAGGACAAACUUGGUCUUGGGGUCAGUAGAAGAGGGCUUGAUAUGGUUUGAUAUCAGAGAGCUUUGGCAGAUUACUAGUGCUAUCAUCAUAGUCUUGGGCGGAUGUGCUGGGGCAUUUGCCAUCUCAUUCUUCACCCCUACCGUCGGUCUUGGAUGCCGAAGUGGAGGUUAUGUCAUCUUCUUCUCUCUGGCAUUUGUGUUGAUCGUCGCAGAGAUGAUAGUAUGGUGGAUGGCAUCGGACCUUGAGAUGGUGCCUCCUAACUGGAUGGCGAGAACAUCUAGCCGUCUCCAUUCGACUGCCACUUUUGCCUACCUGGAGGAGGAAUCCCACAACCGAUGGGCUGUACUCAAACGAAGAACUUCAGCCAUCUUUCGGAAUGCGGAGGACCAGUUCGUCCGACUGGUUCGAGCUACCGUCGGACUGUUCCCACUCAAUAAUAAGAUAGAUACUCAAGACAAAGCCGAUGCACUGAUUCGUCGACUCUUAGUGCAAUACAGAGCGAUGAGUCUCCAGCGACGGUGUGAAUUAUUCAUAUUUCGACCACUGGAACUUAUCAACUGUUCCUGGCUCAUAUACAUAGUCAUGGCACAAACAUUUGGCACUUACAGAAACUGCCACUGUGUGACCAGCACCUGGGGUGGCGCCGGUGGCUACCUCGACUUCACGCAACAGGAUACAACAAACAACGAAUACGUGGCCUGGUACUGGGGUACAGGCACACUCCUUGCUUCCGCCACCAUGGGCAUCUCCAUGUUCUACAUCACCGUCGAAUGGAUGCAACAGAGCUGGCUGCAUACUGAGGACUACAACGACGCCAUGGACGGGCUGAGGAAGAUGCGUACUUACAAGCGGUACACAUAUUGGUUUCGUAUCAUGUCUCGCUAUUUCCUCCUCGCCACCGUGCAUCCUAUUCAUGGGCUCUUCCGUUGGGUGGGCAUCGUGCGGAAGAGGCAGAAAAGUCUCCUUUGGACGAGGCAUGGUGUUUGGGGAAAGCCGACCCCAUCAUCCUCGCCUUCCUAUACCCAACCUCUGAUAUCAGACCCGCAUCCCUCUGGCACCAAUCACCAUUUUCCAUCUAUAUCUAUCGACCUCGCCCCCAUUCAGCGCCCCAUCACUCCUCAUAACGGCCUUCCUGUGUCCUGGGCAUCUCUCUCCCCGCCUGUAUCGCAACCCAUGACCCGCAACUCCUCGUCUGACUCCUCUCUUCACACUCCCACGCACACGCAGAACCGCCCUCGCUACUCCUCCGACGCAUCUCUUCUACCCUACCGCCCGCCCAAUCCCGAUGCUUCCACCCAUACCCUCGCGCGUCCACGCUCCUCAACAGAUGUCUCCACCCGCACCACAUCACCCCUUCGCACGCCCUUCAUCGCACACAUCGCAACCCAUGUCCACCGCGACAGCGACGCAUCCAAUCCACCUUCCCCGCGCCUCCUCCACCGACUCCCCUAUCCCACACACAGCACCUCACGAACGCCCGUCCACACCCCCAUCUCAAGCCUCCAUCCCAGCGCCCACGACAGCCCUCCAGACAACGCCGCAUUUUCCGACACUACCGCACCCCCGACCGGCCAUUGGACAGACAAUAUCCCGUCCGUCUUCGAAGACGAUAGUGCCCGGCGGGAAAGCACGGGUACAGAUGAAUUAGGCAGUCCACACGCGCUUCUCCCCGCGAGUCCACCAAGCGACCGCGACUACUACCGCGGUGACGGCGGCGGGUGGGCGCGCGGACUGCAGGAUCUGACGGUGCGUCAGGGUUAUAGACGGGCAAGUUCAUCCGGUGAUGCGAGUGGGCUUGGGAUCCGGGUUGGUGAUGUCGAGAGCGGUGAUGGGCGGAGGGGUGAGAGUGAGGGAUCUGGAUAUGGAGGAGGAGGAUAGGGCUUGGAUAUGAAACGUGUGCUGUAUCAUAGUUGUGCGAAGUGAGUGCGUGUGCAUGUGACAUGGCGCAUUACUUUAGAACCGAGCGGGUCUGUAUAGAGAGCCUAAUAGAAUAGAAGUUUGUAGUGUAUACCACACAAGCCUCAUAUCCCAAUCGAAUCUGAACAACAUAUUAUGCCCGCACACGCCCUCCUCCGCCAUCUACGUCCAUACUAGCGCCUUUCCCCCAAACACUAUUACCUAUGACAUAAACAUUAAGCAGUCAUCACAACGUUCACGUUGCAGUAGCGAGGAAACAAGUAAACGUCU